AAAUGUUAAAUCUAAAUCUAAAUGUUAAAUGUUAAAUCUAAAUGUUAAAUGUUAAAUCUAAAUGUUAACUCUAAAUGUGUCGCCAAGUGUAAAGCUAAAUAUUUAGAAAAUAUUCAAAUCCUUCGAAACCACGCCCGCUUCAAAUCGCGCGGCAAAGAUCGAGCGGCAAAGAUCGAGCGGCAAAGUCAAAGACAAAGAAGACAAAGACAAAGACAAAGACAAGCAGGCAUGGCCGGACGAUCUCUGGGAGUCCUGGACAUCGAACGGGUGGUCAUUGCAGCUGUACGGGCUGCACUCCAGGGUGUAGCUCCCCCAGUCCAGUCCACAUCAGCAACGGUUUCAACACCAGCGGUGCCCAGUGCCUCAGGCACUUCCAACUUUGCCACCACCGUCACAUCACUGAGAUCAGCUCCUCUGCCAUCCAUCCCUCUACGUAAUCGGGCUCAAUCGGGAUACUUGAGACGAAGGAAUGUCAAAACAUACACGAAGGAUGUUGUAUGUUUAACUUUUUCACCGGGGGUAUCGGUCUUCAUUAUACCCAGAGGAGAAACUCGGACCAGGUUAGCCACGGCUGGCCUUGUUGGAAAAAUUUCUUUUUCCACAGAAUGGUCUGAAGACCAAGUGAGAGCUGAAAUAACAGCUAUCUUCAGUGGAGUAUUUGGCUUAUCAGAGCACCAGUCACUUCCAUUUCAGUUUUUGAGCACCAUCAAGGGGUGUAAAAAACUGAUGAUACCGCAGGUCACCUCCAAUUUCCCCUGGGGUGGUAAAGAAGUUGCCUCCGUCUGUUCCAGCACAUGCCUGUAUAUUAUGGCAGAAAUGGAAGUUCCUGCACAGACCUUGGGCCUUGAUCUGUUACUGCACAUGGGACGGAACACCCAUAAACUGGUGCUCCAGUGA